UCUAUCAGGCCAGUCCUUAAAACGGGACUUUCGACUACGGGGGCUUCGGUGUCCCUGGCACAACCCCCCUCCCUCCCCUCGUUGCCCCUGCCUGCGCCCUCCCGAGCCGCUCGGCGCCCCGACGUCCCGCGCCCGCCGGCACCGCUCCUGCACCCCAGCCCCGGCCCCGAGGCCGGAGAAGGCUGGCGGAGUGAGGGGGGCGCGGCGCGGGAAAGCCGCAGGGACCGGGGCCGGGGCGCCCAGUGCCGGGGCCAGCAGGAGUUUGCAGAGCGCGGCCACCGGGGGCCGGACGGCAGCGCCUCGGCCGCGCCAUGCCGGGCCGCCGAGUGUGAGCCGAGCCGGGAGGGCCCCCCUUCUCUCUCUCUCUCUGCCAGGACCCCCCAUCUUUCAGGGGGCGCCCACAUCCCUUCCCCUUGAGCUCCGCAGCAGUUCCUGACUGCUGUUCCCCCAUCGCCCGCCGCUUCUUUCCCGCAGCCGCCACCAACCCCCGAGGAGGGAUGACCCUCUCCGGCGGCGGCAGCGCCAGCGACAUGUCCGGCCAGACGGUGCUGACGGCCGAGGACGUGGACAUCGAUGUGGUGGGCGAGGGCGACGACGGGCUGGAGGAGAAGGACAGCGACGCCGGCUGCGACAGCCCCGCGGGGCCGCCGCCGGAGCUGCGCCUGGACGAGGCGGACGAGGUGACGCCGGCGGCGCCGCACCCCGGGCAGCCCCAGCCGCCGCACCCGCAGCCCCUGGCACUGCCCAAGGAGGCGGCCGGCGCCGGGGCCGGGGGCGAGGCGGGCGCGUCCGAGGCGGACGGCUGCAAGGGCGGCCUCGGCGGCGGCGAGGAGGGCGGCGGGCCCGGCUCCGGCUCCGGCAGCGGCUCGGCGGGCGGCUUGGCCCCGAGCAAGCCCAAGAACAGCCUGGUGAAGCCGCCCUACUCGUACAUCGCGCUCAUCACCAUGGCCAUCCUGCAGAGCCCGCAGAAGAAGCUCACCCUGAGCGGCAUCUGCGAGUUCAUCAGCAACCGCUUCCCCUACUACCGGGAGAAGUUCCCCGCCUGGCAGAACAGCAUCCGCCACAACCUCUCGCUCAACGACUGCUUCGUCAAGAUCCCCCGCGAGCCGGGCAACCCGGGCAAGGGCAACUACUGGACGCUGGACCCGCAGUCCGAGGACAUGUUCGACAACGGCAGCUUCCUGCGGCGCCGCAAGCGCUUCAAGCGCCACCAGCAGGAGCACCUGCGCGAGCAGACGGCGCUCAUGAUGCAGAGCUUCGGCGCCUACAGCCUGGCGGCGGCGGCGGGCGCCGCGGGGCCCUACGGCCGCCCCUACGGCCUGCACCCGGCCGCCGCGGCGGGCGCCUACUCGCACCCGGCGGCCGCGGCGGCCGCAGCCGCAGCCGCGGCGCUGCAGUACCCGUACGCGCUGCCGCCCGUGGCCCCCGUGCUGCCGCCCGCCGUGCCGCUGCUGCCCUCGGGAGAACUGGGCCGCAAAGCCGCCGCCUUCGGCUCGCAGCUCGGCCCCAGCCUGCAGCUGCAGCUCAACAGCCUGGGCGCGGCCGCCGCCGCCGCCGCGGGCACGGCGGGCUCCGCGGGCACCACCGCGUCGCUCAUCAAGUCCGAGCCGAGCGCGCGGCCGUCGUUCAGCAUCGAGAACAUCAUCGGCGGAGGCCCCGCGGCGCCCCCCGGGGGCUCGGCGACGGGCGCCGGGGGUGCCGGGGUGACGGGGGGCACCGGAGGCGGCGGCGGCGGGGGCGCGGCGCAGUCCUUCCUGCGGCCGCCCGGGACGGUGCAAUCUGCGGCGCUCAUGGCCACGCACCAGCCCCUGUCGCUGAGCCGGACGACGGCCACCAUCGCGCCCAUCCUGAGCGUGCCGCUCUCCGGACAGUUCCUGCAGCCCGCAGCCUCGGCCGCCGCCGCUGCCGCCGCCGCCGCCCAAGCCAAGUGGCCGGCGCAAUAGGGACGCGAGGUCGCCGGGACGCGGGGCCCCGCGGUUGGGCCGUGGGCCGCGGCUGCACUUCCAGGCUGGGCGCCCCGCCCCGGUCCCGGCCCCCCCUGCCCAAUCCCAGACUCUGCCUUUUAUUCCUCCAUUUCCUGCCCCGACCCCUCAGCACCGACCUCCGCUGGCAGCCUCCGCCCUCUUAUGCACACCUAGGCUGGCGGACCAAACUCUGCGCGCGCCCGCCGGGAAUAGCUUUCCAUCCAGGUAAAACCGAAAACUUAAUUUUCCAAAACUGCACCCUGACGGGCAUCUGCUCUCAGUACCGUGGGGAAGGGAGGGACAUUCUUUGUACAUAUUUGUAUAAAAAUUAUUGACUUUUCCUUUUGGGGUUUUUAUUUUUUUAAGAAAAAAAAUUCAGUAGAUUUAGAGCUCUGAACUUUCAUUUUUUUUGAAGGUUCACUCUCCACAGUUUUAUGUGAAAAAGAAAUGUAUAGAGACGUUGGGAGAUUUUAAAUGUAAAAGAAUUUUCAAAAGGCAAGAAGUGUCAUUCUAUUAUAAAAGUCUGUUUAUAUAUGAAUGAAUAUAUAUGGUAUUCUAAAUGUUAUUCCGUCGUGUUGUACACAACUUUGUAAAUAAAUUUUUAAAACGCUCA